CGCAAAAGCCCAAUCGCCAAAAGAACGAAGUCAGCAAGGAUGGCAGGACCCGGACGUAUCCGCAAGGAGCUGGAAGAGUGCCAGAAGGACGUCGAGACCUCGGGCGUCUCGGCGCAUGCGCGCCAGCCCGGCGUCUUGGACGCGCUCGUGGGUACGAUCCGCGGCCCCGAGGGCACGCCGUACGCCAACGGCACGUUCGUCCUCGAGAUCAAUAUCCCCAAGACAUACCCAUUCGAGCCGCCGAAGGUCCGCUUCGAGACCAAGGUCUGGCAUCCCAACGUGUCGUCGCAGACGGGCGCCAUCUGCUUGGACGUGCUCAAGGACGCAUGGUCGCCCGCGCUGACGAUCAAGACGACGCUCUUGUCGAUCCAAGCGCUCUUGUCGGCGGCCGAGCCCACGGACCCGCAGGACGCCGAAGUGGCCAAGAUGUACAUCAACGACAAGGCGCGCUUCGACUCGACCGCGGCCUUCUGGACAGAGUCCUAUGCUAUGGGCAAGGACUCGGAGUCGGAAGCUGUCACGCGCCUCUGCGAUAUGGGGUUUCCCAAGGACCUCGUCAAGCGAGCGCUCGCAGAGACCAAGGGCGACGAGAAUGCGGCCGUCGAGAAGCUCCUUACGUCCAUGUAAUUCUCUACAAAGCUUGGAACGCAGUACCGUAUUAAGCCAUCGUCGGUCUUCUCUAAUGAACUAAUUAUUCCUCCA